AUGAAAGACCCCAUCAACUACGACCACUGUCUCUACGACACCGACUCAGACGACCAUGAAACCCACGAAUUCCUCCGCCGCUCCAGCUGGGACAACCACCACCGCAACCUAACCCACCUCCACACCAAAUACAUCACCCCCACCAAACCCUACCUCCUCAAAGCCCAACGUUUCCUCUCCCGCCUCCGCCUCCUCCGCCGAACAGCCUGGCGCGCGACUCCCCGACCCCUCAUCCUCCUCCUCAAAUCCCUCCUCCUCUUCCUCACCUCGAUCCUCAUCCUCACCCCCAUCUUUCUGCCGUCCUACAACAACCCCCCAAUACACUACUCCCAAACCCUCCACGCCUGCCGCGGCACUUCCCCCCGCGAAGGCUGCGCAAACCUCUUCAACGAGCAAGUCUUCAUCGCCACAAUCCUCUACGACAAAAACGGCAAGCUCGCCUCAGGCCCCUUCUCCGACCGCCUCCUCCGCCUCAUCCGCAUCCUCGGCCCCGACAACGUGUUCCUGUCAAUCUACGAAAACGACUCCGGCCCAAAGGGCAAAGCCGCGCUCGAGGAGCUCAAAUCCCGUGUGCCCUGCAAACACGCCAUCACAUCCGACGACCACGUUUCCCUGGAUAACUUCCCCACCGUCCUCCUCCCCGACGGCACACCCCGAGUAAAGCGGGUCGCCUACCUAGCCGAACUUCGAAACCGGGCCCUGAGACCGCUGGAUCAGAGGACAAAGGAGGAUAGGAUCAACGGGGUCAGAAAGUUUGACAAGGUUCUGUUUUUGAACGACAUCGUUUUUGACCCCAUUGACGCGGCGAAUUUGCUGUUCGGGACGAAUGUAGACAAGCAAACUGGACGGGCGGCCUAUGUCGCCGCGUGCGCGAUGGAUUUCUGGUUCGGACAUAGAAUGUACGACAUCUACGCCAUGCGCGACGCGGACGGGUACGCGAGCUACCAGGCCAUCUAUCCCUUUUUUGGGGAGAGAGGGAGGGGGCUGUCCCGGAAGGAUGUUCUUGAGAGUAAGGAUGCGGUGCGAGUGAAGAGUUGCUGGGGGGGCAUGAUGGCUAUGCAGGGGAGGUAUGUUCAGAAUGUGGAGGAGGAAAAACCAAGAGGAAAAGCGUGGGAGGAGGGGGUGGUGGCGGGACAUGCGAUUGAUCCGGGGAAUCAUACUCGUGCUGAUGCUGCUGUGACGGGACCGGUGAGGUUCAGGCAUGAGCCCGGGGCGUAUUAUGAUGCGUGUGAGUGUUGUUUGUUUUCGGCGGAUUUGACCGAGGCGGCGAAGAGGCAGGGGGAUUUACCGGCUGGGGCGAUGAAGGGGAGUGAGAGCGGGAUUUAUGUCAAUCCUUAUAUUCGUGUGGCGUAUGAGGAGGGGGUGUUUAAGAUGAUUCAUGUCGUGAGGGUGUGGGAGAAGCUGAUCAGGAUCAUUUAUGACCUUCAGACCAGGCUGUUUGAGCCGGUGGCGCAGAACCCUUGGAGGACGGUGCAGCCAGGGGAGACCUUCGAGGAGGAGAUUUGGAACGGAAAGGACUGGGAGGUUGUUACUCGCGUUGGGAGGCCGGGGUUGUUUUGCGGUGUGAGGGAGAUGCAAGUCCUGCGCGUUGGGGGGAAGAGGGCGGGGAAGAGUGGGAAUAACUGGGCGAAUACAAGAAUGCCGCCGGGGCAGAGGAUGGAGUUUGCGACGUGGUGGGGAGAGAUCUUGCCCGAGAGCUGGAGAAAGGAUUAUGAGGAUACCCCUGAGGAGGAAAAAGACGAGUUUUUUUACAAGUUGUAUUCUUGGGAUAAAUGA